CCUCCGUGGUAUUCUCACUUGCACAUAUUUUCAGCCCUUCUGCCUUAUCCCCUCUCUAAUCUACCGGUGCUCUAUUCCAUAGCCGGCGAUGGAUGCAGAGAGAUCGAGAGAUGACAGUUAGAGCGAUGGAGUAUAUCUUCCCUGGAACAUCAUCCCGUGAAAUCGCUGGAUCCAGCCCACAACUCCCUAAGCUUCCGCCAUCUAUGGAAAAUCCAGUCUCACGGCUCAAAAUCGGAAAACAGCCCAUCCUCGGCCGCCGCACUUUUUCCCGCUGUCGAACAAAGUUUCCGCCUCCGGAUCUUCGGCACCGGCCUCCACAGAUGGGCCCAAAGCCAGAGCCAAUCUCGCAGUCAACUCCUCGCCUCCGCCGACCCGAAUUCCAGCCCAGCUGUUCGUCCCCUCCUGACCCGGCUCUCCACGACUCUCUUCCCCUGUAUGAGCACCAGGAUCUCCUGCCUCGUCCACCAGGGAAGCCGCUGCGUCGGGAGAAUGAACAGAGGAAGAUCCGGAGAAAGAAAAGAAGAAGAAAAGCAAGAAGAAGGAGAAUGGGAUGAAGAAGAAGAAGAAGAAGAAGAAGAAGGGGAGGAAGAAGAAGAAGAAGGGGAGGAAGAAGAGGAGGGAGGGGGAGAGGGAGGAUUGAAAGUUCGAUUCACAGAUCUGGCGGAAGAUCUGGCGGAUGGGAGAAAGAAAAAAGAAGAAAAGAGGAACUAAGGAAGAAGAGGAGGAAGGGGGGAGAGAGAGAAGAUUGAAAUGGUAGGGAAGGGUAUUUUUGGAAGAGUGUGGGUUAAAAUUAGAAAUGUAAACUUUAUUUCCGGACGGAGAAAAAGGAGAAACGUAAACUUUAUUUCCGGACGGAGGGAGUAGUUUAUAAGAGAAUCUGUGUUAUAUUUUGAAUUUGCUCACACUCCCCAAUUUUUUUUCAUCAUGUUGUACGCCGUUCUAUGCAAAUCAGCCGCCCUAUGUAUGUAAAAACAGCCUGGAGCCAUCAAAGCAAAUCAGCCGCCCUAUAUUUAAGCCAGCAUGCAAGAACAGCCUGGAGCCAAU